AUGUGUGCUGGCGAUGGGCAACAGAAGAUGGAUGAAGAAGGCAGCAGCAGCAGCAGCAGCAGCAGCAAUUUGACAGAAUUUCGAGAAAUUGGUAUACAAUGCGACAUGGAUAAAGAAGAAGAGGAGGAGGAGGAGGCGGCGAGAAUGGAGAAGAAUUGCCACGAACAGAAAAAGUUCGAAAACGAAGAUAUUGCUAAACGUAUUAUUGGAAUUGCAGAGGCUCUCAACUUUAAGUUGGACGCCACAUCGAUUGACGCGUGUCAUAGGCUGCCAAAGCGGAAAAAUCAAGCAACUCCUGCCAUAGUGGUGCGUUUGGUGCGGCGUGGAGAUGCGGAGGCGUUGCUGAGAAACAGGCGGGCCUGCAAGUCAUUCACGACGAACGACAUCAAUGUUCAGGGAAACAAUCCGAUCUACCUGAACAAAUAUCUAACGGCGAAAAGAAGGAAGAUAUUCGCAAACACUAAAUUGAUGCUUGGAGAUAAUGAUGCGCGUCGAGUGUGGAUUGAUCAUGCCGGUAGAGUCAAGUUGCAGAGUGUAGACGGUAAGGUGGUUAAAAUUCUAAGAGAUGAGGAGGAUUUGAGUUACAUUGAGAGUAGUGGGACAGUAAUAAACAAAUAG